CAUGAAAUUUCCAGAUUUAUCUUGUCUUGUGUAUAUAGUAUUAAUGUUCAAUGGAUCUCACUGGAAAACUUAUAAUCAAGGCUCGUCUUGGUGAUGAUGUUCGUCGAAUCCCUAUUCACAAUGAGGAUCUCACAUAUAAUGAACUUAUUCUUAUGAUGCAGAGAGUUUUUCGUAACACCCUCAGGUCAACAGAUGAGAUAACAGUGAAAUAUGCAGAUGACGAUGGUGAUCUUAUUACAAUUUUUGAUGAUUCAGAUAUAACACUAGCAAUUCAGCUCAGUCGUGUUCUGAAGCUGGUCAUUUUUUGCAAAGAUGGUGUGAGUCAUGAGGGCAUAAAUGCCGCACAACUGAAAAAUAUUCGAGAUGAACUCGUGGGUAUUCGUAACCGGGUUAAUAAUAUAUUAGAUUCUCUGGAAUUCAACUCCAAGGAGAAUCCUGACAAUUCAAAACCAGAAACAAAUGAUGUAUCACAGUCACAACAGCUCAGUGAAGCUUCAAAAAUGCAGGAAACAGCACCUAUGACAACAUCGCAUUUGCAUGAUAGUGGUGAGGGAGCUUCAGAGAAGUAUAAUGGAUCUAUGUUUGAUCCCUUGACGGAUUCCAUAAAGAAAAGCCCGAGUCAAUCUUCAUCGCAAUCUUAUCUUGGUGGUAAUAGAGACCAAGUAGUCAGCCCUGCUGGUAGUGCUGCAAGCAAAACUUCUAUGGAUCCUGGUUCAGAUAUUAGAUCAUCAUCUACUACGAACCAGCCGAAUACAAUGCAAUCUUUUGCUCCAGUGCAAAAUGAUGUUUCGCAAAACUCUCUUCAUCAUUCUAACUUACAGUCAUCAUUUGGUGAUGCUGCACUUGGUGGUCCUCAGCCGUCACCUGCAAGGGAUUCAUAUGGUCAAGCCACUCAAUCUGCGCCAAGCAAUUACCAAGGUCAAGCAACACAGUCGAGUGCUCCAACUAAGGCACCCCAACCUUACCCAGUGUCGCAGCAACCGCAAGCACCAGCCCAAACUUCUCAAGCACAAUACAAUGCCAAUCAAUAUGGGGGAUACAAUCCGCCGCAAAAUCAACCAGGCACUGGACAACAAAUGCCAUCUUCCUACGGACAACAAACCAAGCAACAGAUUUAUGCGCCGCAAAUGCCCGCAAGCAGCGGGCAAAGAUUGCCAGCAGUGGGGAUGCAGACUGGUAAUUAUGGGGGAUAUGGAUAUACGACCACUAGCACCAGCCAGAGUCAGUAUCCAACACCACCCUCCCAACCUCAAGCUAUAUCAAAUAAUCAGUCAUACAAUACAUCAUCUGGUAUUUCGACUGGACAGCCAUACGCCGCAGGACAACCUCAAGGUCAGCCUCAGCAAUACAAUGCUACUUCUACGCCACCUCCAUCUGUACAGCAGUAUCCACCACCUGGUGGACCUGGCAUGGCGCAACCUGGAUAUGGACAGACCCCUACAAAUCCUCAUCGCUUGGUAAGAAGUCCGGGUGGUUACAGAGCAAGGCAACCAGGCCCAGGAUAUCAGUGAAGCUAUAUGUUACAAAGUUCAUUAUAUCUGUUUCAUUCAGAAAUAUACACUUAAUUGUCAUGAUGCAUUGUAAAAAUGUUGAGAACUACAAAUAUGUAUAGAAUAGUUACAUAAUUACUAAAUUUUCAAAAGUGCAAAUAUCAAUUCAUAUUUUAUACUUCAUUGAAUAAUGAUUUGCUGUUACUAUUAACUAUAGAUUCUGAAUUUAUUACAGAAAUAGGGUGAACAAAAAAGUUCACCGAAUAUAUGUAACAACAAUCAUUUCUGAAUUCUUAGUUUCUAACUAUGUUUGUUCAGUGUGAUGUAAUGAUACUGGUCAUGGGACUAUAAUAAAAACUAAUCACUUUGCACUCCUAUUGGUGGCUUGUCACUUGUUUAUAGCGACCGACAUUGUAAAAAUUUCCUAUAUUAAGUUACUUUAUGCCUCCUUGUUGUGACCUGAUAAAUUACAACCAUAGCAUAUGCUUUAAAGCUUUUUUACUGUUAAUAUCAUUGUAUGAUAUGUUCCUUAAAUAGCAUGGUGUUGAUAUUUUGGAACAACAAAUCGUUGAUUCGGCACUGGUGAGAAAUAUAAUCAAAGACAUAUUGUCUGCUGCAUUCA